AUGACUGGCGGAAAUCCUAGUACUGCUCCUAGUGCCGCCGAGCCCGCUGAGGGCCAAAUGAUGACUAUGGAGGACCUCGUGCCUGGGGACGAGUGGAACGAAACCGGAGAGAGAUACGAGGAGCCGGCACCUUUCGGUAUCCAGUUGAAUCUCCCGCCAUCGCGCCCACGACCCGAGUCUCUCCCCGCGCGCCGGAUAGAGCUCAUCAGCGAGCAAAACAGAAUCCAGCGCGAAGGCGAAAAGUUCCAGAAGGACACCAAGCGCAUAAAUUCGCGCCUCACCGCCGAGAUCGCCGAAGCCAGGAAGUCACUCGAGAGUACCGACUCGUUGCUGGAGGGGAGAACCAGGAUGGCCCGAUACAGGACACCCGGCGAGUUGCGCGCUAAGAUCGAGGAGUUGAAAGAAACCAUCAGCGACAAGGAGCUAAAUAUCCAGAUGCUGAAGGAUUAUAAGAGGCUCCGGGUCCCGCUGCUGGAGAAGGAGUGGACGGCAACUAGAGAGGAGAUCUGGCGGCUUGAGAAAGAGAUUGGCCAGCACGGCGCGGGACCUGUCGCUCCUCCGCCGGCUGUUGAGCCUCAGUAA